GUCGUCGUCCUCUCUUCUCUUCAAAGCAAACCGCCGCUUCUUCCACGCCUCGCCUCCGCUCCUCUCCUCUCCUCUCCUCUUCUCCGCCCCCGGAUCCAUCCCGCCGACGGCCGCGUGCCGGCAUUCCGAUCCGCCGCCGACAUGCUGGGGGAGCUCCUCUCCAGGGUCCUGCUGCUGCUGUUCGGGUACGCGAUGCCGGCGUUCGAGUGCUUCAAGACGGUGGAGGGGAGCCCCAACGACGCGCGCAUGCUCCGCUUCUGGUGCCAGUACUGGAUUAUUGUGGCCAUGGUAAUAGCGUGUGAGGGCCUCAUCUCGUGGAUGCCGAUGUAUGGUGAAAUCAAGCUAGCUUUCUUUGUUUACCUGUGGUAUCCCAAAACGAAGGGAAGUGAUGUUGUUUACGAUACCUUCCUCCGGCCCAUUGUAAUGCAGUAUGAACCAAACAUAGAGCAGAGGUUACUGCAUCUGAGGGCGAAAUCUGGGCAGCUACUUAGCUUCUACAUUAAGAACUUCGCCGACAAGGGGACAGCUUUCUUCAUGGAUGUCCUGCGCUAUGUUGUUUCUGAUAAAGCUGAGGGAUCCAACCAAGAGCACCGCAACAAGAAGUCCGGCGGCUGGAGCCCCUUCGCGACCAAGCGCCGGCCACCGUCGCCGCCGCCGCACGAACCCAUCUUCGACAGCAACCCCGAGGCCGCCGCCGUCGCCCAAGUUCUCAAGGCCGCCAUCAACAACCCCAACCCCAGGGCGCCCCGGCGAGGAGCUCAGAAUGGCAAGCAUUACUACAACUAGAGAAGGUCCAGCAAGCAACUAGCUCUUACACCAGUUUUAGAUGAAGAUGAUGAUGUGACUGUGUACAUAGAAUGAUUCAAAGAGAUUAAGCAACAAAAAAAAACAGAGAGAGAGAAAGAUAAGGGAUUGAGAUUGGGGUACAUAACAAAAUCCAGCAGCAGUAUAUCAAAUGUGAAACAGAUCGAUGUGCAUGAUGAAUGAAUGAAGCAUGUUGUAUGCUUUGGUGAUAAAAA